CUUUCUUCUCAGUGGUAGAACAAGAGCAGGAUGUAGCGGUACAUGAGUCGGGCUCGCUUUACAUCAAUCCAACCACAAGAAGACCUUCUCUCUACUUAUGUCGACGCGGUGAGUCGGGUUUUGGGGGAUGGGUGUUGCAAGGAUUGUACGAAGAGACGACUAACGUUAGAAAAAUGUCCAACAUCCUCGAUGCGGCGUCCAAAAUAAAGUGGGACCGUACGGCUGCGGCGAAGAGAGCCGUGUUUCUUGCAGCUGCUGCUUACGGUGUCAAAACACUGUACCCCAUCAUCUGCAGGCAGCUCAGAAAAAACAAAGAAAACAGGAAUAAUCGCCGGGGAUCAAAGGCGGAAAACGGUGCUACAUGUGUGGGAAAAACACAGAUAUGUACUGCGGGGCCGAAGAAUUCAUCCCCUGGAGUAAAUGCUGAAUUUUUUAGGCAGAUCCUCGAACUUGGUAAAAUCCUCUUCCCCAAGCUUGUGUCCAAAGAGCUCGUCUUGCUCUCCUUGCACUCGGUGGCGCUGAUAUCCAGGACGUUUUUGUCUAUUUACGUGGCUACAUUGGACGGGAAGAUAGUUAAAACGAUAGUGGAGAAGGAACCUAAGAGCUUUAUCUUCCAGCUGAUGAAAUGGCUCCUCAUUGCAAUCCCGGCCACGUUCGUCAACAGCGUUAUCCGGUUCCUGGAGUGCAAGCUGGCUUUGGCCUUCCGCACCCGGCUGGUGAACCAUGCAUACCGGACCUACUUCACCGAUCAGACCUACUACAGAGUCAGCAACAUGGACGGGAGACUCGCCAACCCGGACCAGUCUCUCACUGAGGACGUCAUGAUGUUUUCCCAAUCCGUGGCUCACCUCUAUUCUAACCUCACCAAGCCAAUUCUGGACGUGAUGCUGACCUCCUACACCCUGAUCCAGACCGCCAGAUCCAGGGGGGCCAACGCCAGUGGGCCCACCCUGCUGGCCGGCCUGGUGGUCUUUGUCACGGCUAAGGUGCUCCGGGCCUGCUCUCCCAAAUUUGGCAAGCUGGUGGCCGAGGAGGCUCACAGGAAGGGCUACCUGCGCUAUGUGCACUCCAGGAUCAUUGCUAAUGCGGAGGAGAUAGCUUUCUACAGGGGACACAAGGUGGAGAUGCGUCAGCUGCAGAAGUGCUACCGAGCUCUGGCCGACCAGAUGAACCUGAUCCUGUCCAAGCGUCUGUGGUACAUCAUGAUCGAGCAGUUCCUCAUGAAGUAUGUGUGGAGCGCCUGUGGACUCGUCAUGGUUGCCGUGCCGAUCAUCACGGCCACCGGCUUCGCUGAUAACAAAACAGCAGACGGACGGACACACACGAUGGUGAGCGAGAGGACAGAGGCCUUCACCACCGCCCGUAACCUCUUGGCCUCAGGGGCCGACGCCAUCGAGAGGAUCAUGUCGUCCUACAAAGAGGUCACGGAGCUGGCAGGCUACACUGCAAGGGUGCACAACAUGUUCGAGGUGUUUGAGGACGUCCAGAGGGGGGUUUACAAGCGCUCCUCUCUAUCAUCCACCACAGGAGACGAGAAGAAAAGCAGGCCUGAGAUGCACAUAGACGGACCGCUGGAGAUAAAGGGUGAAGUGAUAGAUGUGGAUAACGGCAUCGUGUGUGAAAAUGUCCCAAUUAUUACACCCAACGGGGACGUCGUAGUGUCUUGCUUGAACGUCAAGGUGGAGGAUGGCAUGCACCUGUUGAUCACGGGGCCUAACGGCUGCGGGAAGAGCUCUUUGUUCAGGAUCCUCAGUGGCUUGUGGCCUGUCUACGGCGGCCGCUUACACAAACCCUCUCCUAAACACAUGUUCUACAUCCCUCAGAGGCCAUACAUGUCAAUGGGUACACUGAGGGACCAAGUGAUCUACCCAGACUCGGUGGAGGACAUGGCCUCCAGAGGCUUCGGCGACAGGGACCUGGACACCAUCUUGGACAUAGUCAACCUCAAACACAUCGUCACCAGGGAGGGAGGCUGGGAUGCUGAGCUGGACUGGAAGGACGUGCUGUCAGGAGGCGAGAAGCAGAGGAUGGGCAUGGCUCGCAUGUUCUACCACAGGCCUAAAUAUGCACUGUUGGAUGAGUGCACCAGCGCUGUGAGCAUUGACGUGGAGGGAAAGAUUUUCCAGACUGCUAAGGACUCCGGCAUCUCUCUGCUCUCCAUCACACACAGACCCUCCCUGUGGAAGUUCCACACCCACCUGCUGCAGUUUGACGGUGAGGGAGGAUGGCGUUUUGAGCAACUGGACACUGCGACACGCCUCUCCCUCACCGAGGAGAAACAGCGACUGGAGACUCAGCUGGCCGGCAUUCCCGAGAUGCAGCAUCGCCUCAACGAGCUCUGCAAGAUCCUGGGAGACGACUCUGUUCUCAAAACAUCCGAGGAGUGAGAGAGAGAAAGAGAGACAGAGGGGGGGAGGGAAGGGGGAAGAGGCCCAGAGGGGAAACGAAUCAAAAGGGUAGAAGAAGAGGAGAAGAAAAGUGGGGGAGGAGGAGAAGAAAAGGCAAUGAACGAAUGAUUUGUUAGUCAUUUUCAGGCUUUCUUUUUGUUUUCUCUUGCUUAUUUAGAUUUGUUUCUUUAGCUUCGAGCCUUGUACCAUAAGCACGAUAGCUCUUAAUAACAGUCCUUUCAGCUUUUUAUUUUCUCCCCUCUCUCGUCUUUUAAUCUCUCUUUUGACCCACUUAAUGCCGAGGAGUGGAGGCGAAGAGAGUGAAGUGGAUUCAGUAUUAUCACCCCUUCUCACACACAUCGACUGCGUACUGGGUUGUAGUUUUUAAAACGUUUGGUUUCAUCUUUUUCAAGAUCAAUUUGCCACAGUUCAAAGUGGCAAAAACAGAAUAAUCAACCAAGAUAAUUUAUUUGUUUUGUAGCACUUUACUCUGCUUCUAGAGGGCUGUUUCCGUUUGUCGAACAAGGUGAUAGCUGCAUUUUAGCUGGAAAAUGUUUUAAUCUAGAACCACUUUAUAAUAUCCAAAGCAGUAUUCCACGGCCAGUAUACCGGGUCGUGCAGGAUCGUCAUUUGUUAUAAUUUAGCAGUAUAUUUGAGCUUUUACUGACCUUAAUGUGACCUCUUGGUGUUGAGAGGUCAGAAGAGACUAUUUUUCAAAAUGUCACUAUGCCUUUUGUUUGAUUUGGUGUACCUAACCGCUGUACAAUCCCUUUUCUUAUACCUCACCUCACUCUUGUUAGGACCCUUGAACCGCUCAUAUAGGCUCAGUUGCAGACAACAAAGAAAAAGCUAAUCUAGGAUCUGUUAUUAGAACGAUCAGUGACGCAGGUCUGACUCCAAAACUAUAGGUUUCUACUUUAUUCAACAAAUACAAUGAGUUUAAGAGGCCUUCAAAAAAACGAGCCUGUUAAGCUGCAAACUAGCAUAAUGGGCUAUCCCAAUAUGCUAAUUUACUUCAAGGAGAUUCCAUAUUAAUUUGAUGAUGGAUGACGCUAUAUUGCUGUGCUCCCUCUUUUAUUUGUCCACUUUUUAGAAUGGAUUAUCUUUCAAUAUCAUUAAGUGUGUUUACAUGAAUUUACAUGUUUUAGAUAAUACUAAAUAUUAUGUUGAAAUGCUUGUUGGUUCUAGAGCUAAUAUGAACAGUUAAAGGAGCUUUCAUUUUCAGCUCAAGGAAACUUCGGUAAAUUUGCUUGCAUACAGGAACAUAACAUAAUUUAGCCUCCAUGUUUGUUGACAGAAACUUAUCUUGAGGUUGUGAUACUGUGAAAUAGUUGUUUGCUACAUUACAAACAUCAUUUGUUUCUGCUGGAUAUGGUAUAAAUUGUGUGCUCUGGUGGUUCUAAGCUGUGGUUGGGGCUGCUUUUACAAUUUGUCCCUUUUGUGGGUCAGACCUGUGUCCUAACGAGUCAGCAAAAGUACACAAGGCUGUUUGUCCUCCCAGAUUGUCCUGAGUGAAAUAGAACAGGGUAUCUUUGAUGUUUCUGCUCUUCAUUUAUAGACUUUCAGAUUUCACCAGAGGCACGCAGAGUUCGAUUUUCCAGUUUCUAUAAUUGUAAUUGGGCAUAGAGCUUGGCAACAAUUAUAAAGUAUCAUAUUACAAAACCAAUCAAAUGUGUGAAAGCACAAAAAUAUUUGGUGAAAUCUUAAUGUCUUUAUCUUGAUAUUUUUAGGCUUGCGUAAGCUGGUGUUUUGUUAACAAAAAAUUGACAAUCAGUCACAUCAUUAGUGGUAUAUGAAGAAGUGCACAGCUCUAUUUUAAACUGGCUUGUGAUUGUCUGUAGAAAAAUAAGUAAACAACUAAUCUUUUAAGGUUUAAAGCUUGAACUGCAUCACCCUCCCUCACGUCUUUUAUUAGACAAAUAAAGGCUACAAACAAGACGGCGCUGGGGCUUGAGCCAAAGCGCUACAUCUUUGCUCCAUUCAGAUUUUGCCACCUCCCCUUUUGGCUUUUAGUUUACAGUUCAAGAAAAAGGACGUAAUAUCAGUUGGAUGCAGCCCUGUUAUACUCAGGAUUAAGGUUGCUAGGUUCCAGAAGGAUAGUAUAAUGUGGAACCCCGCUCCCCCCAAAAAACGUGACUGGUGAAGAAAAAAUUGAAAUUUCAAUUCAUCCCCUUAAUAUCUAAAGGGGAAAGUCACUGGAUUGCCCACUGAUUGUCUUAUCUGGAUUGCAAAUAAUUACACUUGCAUUUAGUAUGGAAAAGAGCAUCAUAGGCAUUACUGUGAGUCUUUUCAACAGCAUUCUGUACUGCUGUUCCUGACCUGAAAUCAGUUAUCUGCUUGUCAGUCAGUCAGUCAGUCUCUGUUGACAGGAGGCCAGACGAGCCGCUGAAUGAAACGGAGUCUGACAAGUAUCACUGGCACAAGAGGUCAGCUAAAGAGCACGUAGUGUCUAACAUUCAUAGGCAAGUAAAAAGUCUGAAAUACUACUUUUUUUUAUCUUGAAAGGAUGUUGUCACAAACUAUGAGGUGCUGUAUCUUAUUAUAUUUUAUUUUCCUUCUUUAUAGAUUCUUUUUUUUGGUCAAAAUUGAAGGUUUUCAUGAAUUUGCUUACGGUUUGAGUUGACUAAUAUGGUGUGUUUUGUGCUGCAUGUUCUCUCAAAGGAUUACCAAUUAGUUUUAAUUUAAUAUAUGGCUAAAAUUAGGCUAAUUUGACACACAACAACACUGAGCCUAGCUGAGGCUAAACUAUUUACAUUGAAAUCACUUGCUCUAGAAUCCUGUGCACAGGACAUGUCAUCUUGUUUGUUAAUAUCUUUCAAGGGGCUAUGAUCAGAAUUCCUAUAUCAUCAAUGGGCAGACCUGACAAAUAUAUAAAGUUAGCAGCUAGCUAGCUAGUGAACAAGACAAGUGUAACAUUAAGCUAGCAGCUAAAUGUUCAGCUGUUAUUGUUAAACAUAUAUUGGAAAUAUAUGACUUCAAACUUAAAUGUAAUGUUACUACAUAUUUUCAAAUGUGUAAAAAUGUCACUCUUUGCUCAAAUGUUUGUAAUAGCCACUUAAAAGGAUUUUAACAGUUAGCAUAACGUUAAUGCUAGCUUGUGUCUGCUGCCCCCACGUGGCCAAACAUCGUUAUUGCAGGCCAGUAACUUUUAAUUUGUUCCAUGACUGAAGUUAAUUCUAAGCCAAUUGCAAGGUGGAGGGAAAGUCUACAUUGACUUCAUAUUUUAAUAUGGCACCUCAUAAAUUCUUACUGCUUUAAGAAUCCAGUUAAGAUAGCUUACUGACCACUGAGGUUAGGCCUUUAGUGCCCUACUACUCUUGACCUAGUCUAUAUACUGUAAUGAAUUCCUCACUAACACAUUUUCAUACUAAAAGUUUAUUAUUUUGUCUGCCCUUGUGUUAUUAAGAGAUUGAAUGUAUCUAUGAUGUUUGAUAACGAAUCUUUAAA